AUGUCUGUGCUGCUAGCAGACUUGCAAGUGCUGCCGUCCCCACCGGGCAACGCCAAGCACAAGUGGAAGCACGUGGAUGCAGCGAUCAAAGUCAUCGCGGCCUCGAAGCUAAAACACUCGGUGAAUGCGCUGGGCACCACCAUCGAGGGCCCCGCUAGUAAGGUGUGGAGCGUGUGCAGGCGUGGGUCUCGGAAGGCUUCGCUCGGCUGA